AUGGGAGAACGCCCUGUUACUGCUGGGGGCAACUCCGAGUCCGCCCUUCCCACAGAGACAAUCCAGAUGACAGAGACAAGAGAGGCCUCAGAGACGGACCAGAACACAGAAACAGUCACAGAACAGACCAUGACGGAGAAGACGGAGAAGACAGGCGGCAAUGUCUACGACACCGAGGGCCCGGCAGUACUGGGCCCUGUCACAGACGGCACCGCUUCGGGCCGUGAAGUCUCGCUCAUCGAAACUGAUCUAAUGGCCGCGUACAGCCGCUUUGCGCCCAAGCAGCGCAUCAUCAUCAUCGCCGCCGCCAGCACCAUCGGCAUGCUGAGCCCCCUGAGCUCUAACCUGUACACGCCUGCCAUCCCGGCCGUCGCGAGGGACCUGGGCGUCACGACUGACGCCAUCAACCUGACCAUCACCUCGUACCUCAUCCUGCAGGGCGUCAGUCCCACGCUCUGGAGCUCCAUCGGUGACAGCACCGGCCGCCGCCCGCUAUACCUCAUCGCCCUCACUAUCUACCUGGCCUCCUGCAUCGGCCUCGCCCUGUCCUACAACUACCCGGCCGUCGUCGCCCUAAGGGCUAUCCAAGCCAUUGGCUCUGCCUCUACCACUGCCAUCGGCGCCAGCCUCAUCGGCGACCUGAUCCACGUCAGCCGCCGCGGCAAAUACAUGGGCAACUACAGCGCCCUUGGCGGCGCCAGCACUGCCUUUGGCCCCGUCAUUGGCGGCCUAUUCGCCCAGUACACCGGCUGGCGCGGCAUGUUCAUCUUCCUGUCUGCGCUUGCCGCCUUUCUCCUGCUCUUCACAGCCCUGCUUCUUCCCGAGACGAAGCGUGGCAUCGUCGACGACGGCUCCGUUUCUGCGCCGCGCUACCUGCGCGCCCCCCUGAAGUGGCUCGACGCGCCCAAGAAUGCCUCCACCGACGCCGCUGCCGCCGCCGUUGCCAAGUUCCGCAUUGAUAUUGGCGCCCCCGUCCGUCUCCUCGUCGAGCCCGAGUGCUUGUGUAUUGUUGUCUUUACUGGCGUCUGCUACACAGUAUGGCAGGUCACCAUGGUUGCUACCGCUACACUCUACGCUGAGCGUUACGGCCUGAACGAGUUGAGCAUUGGCCUGACCUACAUCUCGAACGGCGUCGGCUCCGUCUGUGGCAGCGUGCUUACAGGGAAGCUGUUGGACCGCGAGUACAAGCACCAGCUCAAGAGGGAGCAACAGGCAGCGGCAGCACAGUCGACCGAAGCCGACGACGGAUCACCUCCUGCGAACGAAGUACAGCACAUUGAGCUCGCACGAAUUAAGCCCGUCAUCAUCCCUACCAUUGGGUAUCUUAUCUCCGUCGUCGCCCUGGGCUGGAUUAUUGAGUCUAACACCCAUAUUGCCGCCUCCAUUACCAUGGCCUUUUUUGUUGGAGGCCUCAACACCAUCAUCUUGGCCGUCUUCUCAACCCUUAUUGUCGAUCUGUUCCGGACCCAGAGCUUCAGCGCCACCGCCUCUAUGAACCUGUUGCGCUGUCUCCUGUCCGCCGGCGGAACCGCCGCCGUCGGGCCCCUGAUCCGCGCCAUCGGGGUCGGCUGGGCCUUCACGCUCUGUGCCAUCAUCGCGCUACUUUCAUGUUCAUUCGUCGUGUUAGAGCUGUGGCGGGGUCGACACUGGCGCGCCAAGCGGACGGCGGCGGCGGCUCAAAGGGAGAAGGAAACUCAAUGA